GCCGGCGGUGCGCCACAGUUCUUCAGUCGGUGCUUCGUCCCCAGGUGAAGAGACCAACAAAAACAAGUGCAAACAUGAAAUUCCUCAUUGUUGUUUUGGCUCUGUGCGCCGCUGUUUACGCUGGCGAUGAAAAGAAAACCGAGAAACGCGGUUUGUUAGGUCUUGGCUAUGGAUACGCAGGCGGUUAUGGGCAUGGAUUGGGCUACGGUGGUCACGGCCUCCUGGGGCACUCCGUGGCAGUAGCAGCUCCUGCACAUAGCGUUGCCUACAGUUCCAUUGAUCAUGGAUACUAUGGCGGACAUGGUCUCUACGGCGGACAUGGAUUAGGUUAUGGACACGGUUUGGGUUUGGGACAUGGUUUGGGUUACUCUCAUGGUCUUGGACAUAGCUACGUCGCCGCUCCUGUUAUCAAAACUGUCGCUCCAGUUGUUUCGAAGACUUAUGUAGCACCUAUUGCUUAUGGUGGACAUGGUUUCGGUCUUGGUUAUGGCGGAUAUGGCGGAUAUCAUGGCGGAUAUGGUGGUUAUGAUGGCAUUGGAUACUAUGGUGGUCAUGGUUUCCAUGGACAUGGAUGGCAUUGAGUUUAAACACAACGUGAAACAACAAAAGAACUACCGGAGGCAUAAUUAACGAAAAAUCUUGAUGAGGCAUUGAGUUGAGGUUAGGUUGAGAGAUAAAAUGUUGACGCACUGGCCUUUCAUAUGUAUAUAUUGAAAAAUUUGUAAUUAUAACAUUGAAAAGUGAUGAAAAUUAAACUUUUUGUACGAAAA